AUGACUACCAACUCGUUUCGAGACACCGCCAACUCACUAGGCUGGUCGCGUAGGGACCCCGACUUUCCUGUACGGACGAAUGCUUCUUCGGAAACUCCAUUCCUCUCGCGACUGCAGUCGUUUAAUCCGUUCGGGCAGGGUGGCUAUGUCCAGCUACCCACUCACAAUGAAGGCCCGGGUGCGCCUUUGCCAGCACCCAAUCGUCGCGAAGAAGAAGAAGGUUUCUUUGCCUCCAUGUCCUACGCCUCAUACUCUGUUGCCUUGUGCCAAGGAAAUGCUUUAACCUCUUUUCAUCUGGAAUAUGUGGAAUAUCUGGCUAACAGGAUAUUCUUUGUUCUCGGUAUUAGGUGGUCUGUAGGAUCUGCUCUAUUUCUCCUAUCAUGGGCUGUCCUCAUGGGACCUUUCACUUACGCCAAGCAUCUGGUAUCGGGACCACGCUUGCCCUUUACAGCGGCCUAUUUUGGAUCCAUCGCACUCACUCUCUAUUUCGCCGUUGGUGUAAGUCCCUCCGCUGCCGUUGUUUUCGCUUUACUUCUUUUUAUCAAUCACUCGCAACUCCAAGCACCCAAUUUUCUACGUCGCACUUUGAAUCGCGGUUGCACAAUUCCGUCGGGAAAAAACGGGGAAGGGAAUCUUGCAUUCCUACGUUUUGUCUUGCGGUACUACGUGAACAAGAUCUCCCUGGUCACGUCCAGGGAUGGAGAGACCCAUCAUGGCCGAAAAGAGAAAAGGGUUGGUAUGGUAGACAUCACCUCCACACUCAACGGCUCUUGUGCAACCACGGAAAGUCGCCAAAACCUUCAACUCACUCUCAUCUCCUCUAUUUUCCAACUCGCCGCUUUGAUAUGGUACCUCGUUAGCUACUUUCCUAUGGGCAGCACGGGUCUGCAAUAUGCGACUCGUUUCGGAGCGUCGCGCGUCUCUGCUUGGAUGACUGGUUGA